AUGCUUUGGCUCUGGCUAUCCAGCUUACUGGUGGUUCACGCCCUGCCAAAAUAUGACUUUUCCACUCGUCCGGACGUUGUCGCUGCAGCGCGGGGGCUGAGUACGGGAUUUGGCAAGCGACUUUCGAAGCGACAGCAAGCAUGGACAGGUUACCCUUCAUACUACUAUGAUACGAGUGGAUGGCCUUAUCAAGGCCCAUAUCAAUACUCGAAUUCAUACUAUUAUCCACAGUACUACGAUCCUUACAGCUACUAUUAUCCUCGGCCUUCGACUCCUCCACUGCGAGACGACUUGGGCCCGAACCCUCCAUACGAAUCGCCAAAGUCAUCAUACAAUCCGUGUGCCGACCCCGACAGCGUCAACUGGACAGUGGAGUGCAAUGGUGGCGGGUCUCAGAAGACGACGAAAAUUGACGGAGGCGCGCAUUCCCUCCAAGAGACAAAUACGUUUUUCACUUGGAAGUAUGGACCCAAAUCGCCCUUCAACCAGCCAUUCUCAUCAGUGGGCAAUCCAAGUCUCAAUGGCAAAUUCAGUGGCGACAGCAACGACAACGACAAUACCAAUUGUGUCGGUGGCAUCGACCAGUUUGGCAAUCCAUGCACGGACAACAGCAGCAAUGGGAACAAUAACGACGGUGGUGAUGGGGGCGACUGCGUCGGUGGCUUGGACUCACUUGGGAAUGCUUGCGGCGAUAAUAACAACAAUAAUAACAACAACAACAAUAACGGUGGUAAUGGUGGCAAUGAUGGUGGUGAUUGCACAAAUGGUUUCGACUCGAAUGGCAACGCAUGCGGCGGCGGCGACAACAACAACGGCAACGGUAACGGCAACAACCCACUUCUGACGAGUUUCGUUGCGAACCCACGAGCUCGUCGACCUAAUGGUCGCAACGGCCGGAAUGGUCGCACUAAUCGCAUCAACGGCAACGGCGGCAACGGCAAUGGUAAUGGGGGCGGCGAUAACAACGAUGACAACAAUGGUCUGGUCGCUCCGAAUCUUAACACUGCCACGAAUGCGAAUGUUGGGGUCAAUCCAAACGUGAACCCCAACAUUGCGGUGAACUUGCAACGAUGA